UAUCUCUCCUAUUCUACCUCUUCUUUCCUUAUUCUCACUCUCUUCUGUCACUUCAUCUCUUUUCUUCUUCUCAUUCUCAAAAUGGAAACAAUUCCCCGACGCAGCAAUACAGAAUCUUGUACCUCAACGAAACGAAUCAAAAACCUAGACCGGAUCCCAAACGAUCUCGUCAUUGAGAUACUCUCAAGAUCGCCGGCAAAGUCUGUCACGAGAUGGCUCUGCUUAUCAAAGUCCUGGGCUUUCACGCUUCGCAGCCGAAGUUUCACGGAUUUGUUCUUGACCAGAUCAUCGUCUCGCCCUCGAAUCUUGUUCACCUUCCAUAAAAACCAAGACUUUGUCUUCUACUCGGCACCUGAGAUCCAAAAUCAAGACGAGAACUCGAUUCUUGCGGCCGCUAAUCAUCGCAUGGUGUUACCCGUUGACUGCUCUGGGGUUUGCGGCGGUUUGGUCUGUCUCACGUAUCUGAAGGUCGUAAGCGCGAGUACGAAGAAUACAAUGACGGUGAUAUGUAACGCGACCACGGGACAAUCCUUAUCUUUGCCCAAAGUGAAGACGAGGAGGAUUGGUGUGAAAACCUUCUUCGGGUAUGAUCCGAUUGGUAAUCAGUUCAAGGUUUUGUCCAUGACAUCUGUUAAGAAAGAGAGCUGUGUCGAGCACCAAAUCUUGACACUAGGGACUAAGAAGCUUUCGUGGAAGAUGAUCGAUUGUUCCAUACCCCAUUAUCCUAUAAGGAGUGGUGGGAUAUGCAUCAAUGGUUGUGUCUAUUAUCACGCUUUGGUCAAUGAGGCUCAUCAUGACAUGAAAGAUCAAGCUUCUCCAAGCGUUCCUGGGAUUGUUUGCUUUGAUGUUAGGUCUGAGAGGUUUAGUUUCAUCAACAAAGCUGAGGACAUGGAAGUAUCACAAUUUCAGCAUCCACAUCUUGUAGAUUACAAGGGUAAAUUGAGUGCUCUUUCGUCGGAUGGGUAUGGAUAUUUUACUGGCGAAAGGAUAAAUCUUGAGUUGUGGGUUCUACAAGACGCUGAGCAACAUCAAUGGUCCAAGCAUGUAUACAUAGUGCCCACUUUGUUGAAGAAUAUGGUUGCAGGGGCCUUGUUAUGCUUUGUUGGAGUGACUGAAACAGAUGAAAUCAUGUUGUCCUAUCAUAGCAAAACCGAACCUUUCUACGUCUUAUGCUACAACAUCGUGCAUAAUACUGUCAGGAGAGUUCAAAUCCAAGGAGCAGAGGCGAUAAGCUAUCUUACUAGACUUCGCAUCAAUCUACACCAUGUUGAGAACUUGAACAUUAUGUAAAGAUCAUUGGCUAUUACUUUCUCUUUAGGCUUAUUGGACGACAAUUUCUUGUUUUGUAUCCAAACUAGUAGUGGUCUGUUUCAUACACUAAGGAGAAAUGUCUGUUUCAAGGUAAAGACCAGUUUUACUCAAA